CAGUUCCGAAGAACUAAAUCCGGCGCAUGCGCACCUCCAAAAGGACGACUAUAUAUAUAUAACUUGACUCUUUGUCGUUUCUUAAGUAGUGUAGACAUACGUAGCAUGGCUAACAAAUUCCUGUGGCUGUGUUUUGCAGCUCUCAUUCUUGGCGCAGUCCGCGCCCAAGAUGAGGAUGCAGGAGGAGACGACGCAUCUGCGGAAGAACUUUGCGAAAACAGACCUGCAGAUGAAUACUUCCGAUUGACGACGGAAGGGGACUGCAGAGAUGUUGUUAGGUGUGAUAUGAAUUCUGAUAACAAUGGCGUCACAAGAUUAGCGUCAGUACGUUGCCCAGUAGGUCUUGCUUUCGACAUCGAUAGACAGACCUGUGACUGGAAAACAAACGUUAAAAAUUGUGAUCGCUUAGAAAAGCCAAGAAAAGUACUUCCAAUUUUGAAGACUGACGAACCCGUAUGUCCAGAUGGUAAGCUUUCUUGCGGAAACGGCGAAUGUGUUGACAAAGAUCUUUUCUGCAAUGGCAAACCUGACUGCAAAGACGAAUCAGACGAAAACUCUUGCACCGUCGAAACCGACCCUAACCGCGCCCCCGACUGUGACACCAACCAGUGUAUCCUCCCGGAUUGCUUCUGUUCCGCCGACGGCACCAGAAUUCCCGGACAAUUGGAACCUGCCAACGUCCCACAAAUGAUCACUCUUAGCUUUAACGGAGCAGUGAAUGUAGACAACAUCGAUUUGUACGAAGAAAUAUUCAACGGGCAACGUGCCAAUCCCAACGGAUGUCAGAUCAGGGGUACCUUCUUUGUCUCGCACAAAUACACCAACUACUCGGCCGUCCAAGACUUGCACAGACGUGGCCAUGAAAUUUCCGUCUUUUCUCUCACUCACAAGGAAGAUCCCAACUAUUGGACUCAAGGUUCUUACGACGACUGGUUAGCUGAGAUGGCCGGAGCCAGAUUAAUCAUCGAACGCUUCGCCAACAUCACCGACGGCUCAAUCAUUGGAGUUCGUGCCCCAUAUCUGCGUGUCGGAGGCAACAAACAAUUCGAAAUGAUGGCCGACCAGUUCUUCGUUUACGAUGCUUCCAUCACCGCCUCUCUGGGCCGUGUCCCAAUCUGGCCGUACACUCUCUACUUCAGAAUGCCACACAAGUGCAACGGCAACGCACACAACUGUCCGUCCAGAUCUCACCCCGUCUGGGAAAUGGUCAUGAACGAAUUGGACAGAAGAGACGAUCCCACCUUCGACGAAUCUCUUCCCGGUUGUCACAUGGUGGAUUCUUGCUCAAACAUCCAAACCGGAGAACAAUUCGCCCGUCUCCUCAGACACAACUUCAACCGCCACUUCAACAGCAACCGUGCUCCUUUGGGACUCAACUUCCACGCAUCUUGGCUGAAGAGCAAGAAAGAAUUCAAAGAGGAGCUCAUCAAGUUCAUCGAGGAGAUGUUGGGCCGCAACGACGUCUACUUCGUGACCAACUUGCAAGUCAUUCAAUGGAUGCAGAAUCCAACCGAACUGAACGGACUCCGCGACUUCCAAGAAUGGAAAGAGAAGUGCGACGUGAAGGGACAGCCGUUCUGUUCUCUUCCCAACUCGUGUCCUUUGACCACCAGAGAACUCCCGGGAGAAACUCUGCGUCUCUUCACAUGUAUGGAGUGCCCCAACAAUUAUCCCUGGAUUCUGGAUCCCACAGGAGAUGGUUUUAACACUAGGAAGUAAAUUAAUUUAUUUUAAUUUUCUCUAAAAGACUUUGUAAAUAGUUGAAUUGAAUUUUAUAACUGAAUCACAAAAUCAUUACACGCAUUUUUACCACAAUGUUAUUAUGUAAUUAAAUAAAAAACCAGAAAAAUUUAA